CUCCACUGCGCAGACUCAGAACACUUCGACACUAAAGGCAACUUCACCGGGAGCCCCGCCGCCUGUCGCCCACAACAGCAUCAUCAUCAUCAGCAUCAUCAUCAUCAUCAUCUUCAUCAUCAUCAUCAUCAUCAUCAGUAUCAGCAUCAGUGUGAUGAAGCAGCGGAGUACGGAGACCUUCCUGCUCUGAGACACUGGAUCAGCCUGCAGACAGGAUGACUGAGGUGAUGAACUCUCUUGAGCCCGGCACAGAGGACUUCAGCGGGGGAGGAGCGGCAGCAGAUCAAGGCGCAAUCUUCCCAGAUACCCAUGAAAGGUAUCCGAAGCUGUCCAAGAGACUUCCCUCCAUCGUGGUGGAGCCGACGGACGGAGCCGAGGUGGAGAGCGGCGAGCUGCGUUGGCCUCCUGAUGAACCCAGCUCUCCGGACGCCAAAACUGAGAGGAAGAGAGCAGAGGAUCAAACUCCAGAUGAAUACCAGUCGAAUGUCGACGUGGACGAAGAGGCUUCAGCUGCGGAGAUGCAGGACUCCAACUGAACAAACUCUCCUCCUGCGUGACCCAAUGUUACUGUGAGUGUGUCCAGGCUUGGAUUGACGAAAUGUCCAAUAAAGGUCAAAGUUGCAUUGAUAGAAGGAUGAUGGAGACAGAUUAGACACGGUAGAAAAACAGAUUCUCAAACCCCAGCUCACAGGCUUGGAGCCAGAGUCGUGCUGCCACCUUAAAUUGAUUUACAGAAGGUGUGUGUGUGUUUUGUUUUUGGACGCGCAUCUUCCUUAGACGAAGGUGGUUUUGACAAAUGUAAGCUUAGAAAGAAGAUUGAAGGGAUAAAGCUGCUUAUGAUUGUUUGCUUUUUUAUUAUUUUUACGAGAAGUGGAUGAACAGAUAAGCUUCUGGCAGAAGGCGUGAUUUUAAUGUCAAAAUGUAUUUAGUAUUUCACAGUUUACGUAUAUGAGGGUUUCCCUGUCUUAUAUGACUGUUUUCCAGCAUUCACUGCUUUAUAUAUAACAUUAAAUACAAUUAUUUCCCUCUGGCUCCAAACCUUCACGGCCCAGAUUCCCAUCUGAUCUGGAAAGAUGUUUAUAAAUAUGUGUGAGUAUCUAGCUCAUGUGUGCCAUAUUAAUACUACUACUAAUAAUAGUAGCUACGGAAUUUUGUGCACAGUUUUUACAUUAAGUAUAGAUGUGAUUUACAUCUCUGUAUGUUAAGUGCUGACUGCUGUAGUUUUGGUGAUGCUUGGUCUGAAUUCACUUUUAAUAAUAGAUACGAUGUUUUAAAGAACUGUAUUUGAGUUAGAAAGCCUUCAUCACUUUAUUCGGUGUUACUACGACACAUUCUUUGAUGUAUAAUAAUCUGUCGUCUUCAUACAGUGGGUGUUUAAAGGGAAUGUAAUCGUGUUAUGUUUUACUUAAUGGAGCAAUAUGUUCACAGGAGUUUAAAGGCAGUCCAUUUUGUAACAGAAGUAGAAAUAACCGGUGUAUUUUAGACGUGUGUCGCUUGUCACAGACAUGAUAUUUUUUAAAUACUGGAAGUAAAAAUAUUGCACAAGUAAUAAACCUUUUCAAAAUU